UGCCUCCUUUAGAUUAUUUGCUUGCUGGUCCAUCAAGCAAAAACAAAGAACCGGUAUGAACGUGCAAACCAAGCUCCGGCAAGCUUUUGGCUCAAUGAAAGAUCAUGCAUCCAUCGGCAAAGCUCUGAUAUACAAUCAUCACAGCUUCGCCAACAUAGAAAUUGCGAUAGUGCGAGCGACCAGCCACGAUAAUGUUGCCGUCGACGACAAAUACAUGCAUGAAAUUCUCUUCCUCGUUUCCAACCAUCCAGGGUGUAUCCAAUUCCUCGCCCAUCGGCUUUCUCAUCGUCUUGGAAAGACGAGAGAUCGCGUGGUUGCCCUCAAAACUCUGGUGCUGACUCAUCGCCUCCUACGCGCAGGCAAUCGUUCUUUCGAACAGCAGCUUCGGAGCUCUCAUGCUUCUGGCCUUCUCCGGUUAAAAACUGAUCGGUUUCCGAGAAAUUCCGACAACUUGAUAUCUCUUCUUCACCACUAUGCGGCUUAUCUUGAAGAAAGAAUGAACUGGUUCAUUACCCAAGCUGGAAAACUCGAAGCCUCAAUCUCCCAAGGCUUGGAGUUUCACGUCUUCGAGAGGAAGCCGAUGGACAUGAUUCUCCGUAGAUUAACAAAAUGCCAAGUGUUUCUUGAGAAGAUCUUGGACUUUUCACCUUCCGUUGUUUUUCCAUUUGAUAGCUUGGCAUACACAGCUUUGAGCAACACUUUGAAAGAAAGCUUCCAGGUGUACAUGACAUUUUGGGAAGAGAUUGCUGCUGUUGUUAAUAUUUUCUUUGACUUGGAAAGGUCGGAGAAAGCUUUGGCCUGUGAUAUACUCAAGAAGGCUACUAAGCAGAGUCAAGAGCUCGUUAAUUUUUAUGAAAACUGCAAAAGGGUAAUUGGGAAUAAGCAUUUGGAGUACCCAUUGGUGCAAAUAAUAACAGUGGAUCAUGUUUUGGCACUGAAUCAAUUCGUUAACUGUGCACCAUUGAAUUGUCUUACAAAGUCAACUGAGAUGAAGACAACGAUGAAGAGUGAAGAAGUUGAAAACGACCAACAGAGGGGUGAGAAUAGCUUAUCAUCUACUCUGUUCUCUUGGACACUGGAAACCAAAAUAAGCAAGGUUUGGGUCGUGUUUGAUGAAGAGGAGCCCGAUAAAUAUCAUGUUUCUCCUGGGAGACUCUUCAAUGAUACAACUAACGAUCAUUUGGUUUUCUGUGUGGAAGCCCUGAGCAAUAGAGAGACUAAAUAUAAUGGGAGUUCCAGUUUAUUUAAUCCCUAAACAACUUUUGUGGAGUUUAGCAUAAUUUCGUAGGUAUGCCUGCAUGAACUUGGAUAAACCAUUUGGGCUGAUGAAAUUUUUGUACAUCCUGAUCUUGCUUAUUUGUUCAAAUUUAGCCUUUUAAAGAACAUGUUGAUGUGAAUGCAUUUUAAAUGUUAAAACAAGACGAUGGUGAG